AUGGCUGUGCACGAGGACGACGACGAGCUGAGUACGCUGUCCUUCGGGGCGUUGAAGCGUGCGGAGCAGAUCAUGGAGCGGGACGACCAGAGGGAGAGGACAGACCACAAGAAGAAGACACAAGGCCAUAAGAAGAAGACACAAGGGCAUUGCGAGGAGAGCAGUUCAGAGUCUGAAGACGAAGCGUUCUUUGAGGAGGACGAGAGGGACGACUCCCACAGACACAAACACGCACCGAGGGAGCACUCGUCGAAGCGGCGGGUGCGGCGGGUGCGUGAGAUCCCCGGGUUGCCCUCGACGCCGCGAGUACGGACGAGUAGUGGCCCAGGAGGCGGUGGGAGCGGCGGCGGGCUGUAUGAGGACAUUCGGUUCAGUAAAGCUACCGGUGGAGUUGAGGAUGAGGCCGUUGUGAGGCGGCGGUACGCCUUCUUGGACGAGUACCGAGCGAGCGAGAUAUCAGAGUUGGAACAGUUGCUGCGGGACCCGAGGCGUCGUGGGUUGCUCAGCGAGGGGGACGUCUCUGCCGCAGAGGAGCAACUGCGGAGCAUGAAGUCGCGGUUACAGUCCGUGCAGAACAGGGACCUCGAGCAGAAGAUCGUGCGGGAGUACGAGGGCGAGAUGAACAAGGGGAACCGUACGCGGUUCCACCUGAAGAAGAGCGAACGGCGCAAGGUCGUGCAGAAGUGGAAGUACGAGCACAUGGGUGCGAAGCAACGUGAGCGGGCGAUGGCCAGGAAGCGGAAGAAGCAGCUGGGCAGGGAGUUUAGAGAAUUGGAGGGCACGCCGGCGACGUCUAGGCAGCCAAAGUCCCAUAAGUAUUCCCCACGUACUAAGUAG